GCAGUCGCGUCGCCGGCUGAUGACGUCGCACAGAGAGGAGGUUCGGGUUUGCCACGUCGGUCUCUGUGCAACGCGUUUUGUACUGUUGCUCCCGAGGACCGCGGCUAACUUUUACAGCCGUUUAGUGCGCGUUUAACCCGGAGAGGAAGCCGCCGCUCAGCAUCGCCGUUGCCGGCGUAACUCGUCGCCUCGCCCGCGCAGCCGGGAACAUUGACGCUGGGACGCGGGGGGAGAAAAUGCUCGGCGCCGUCUGGACUCGUCCGCCUGGAAGCCACACGACUGACUGAUGCAUCCUCGUUCACUUCACCCCGCAGUGUGUUGUUGGCCCGGUCGUACAUGGUGGCACGUUAAGGAGAAGGGGAGGAGUCCCGGCAGCAGUUGGUCGCCCGGCGGCAUCCGUGGUUGCCACGGUAACUGGCGAACAUGCCAGGAGGUCGCAGGGGCCCCAGCAGACAGCAGCUAAGUCGCUCUGCUCUGCCGUCGCUGCAGACGCUGGUCGGAGGCAACGUGGGCAAUGGAACCGGCCUCAGGAGCAGGAGCAGUAACGCGGUGGGUCUGUCCGCGCCCCCCCUCUCGGCCCUCAUCACUCCGGAGCCGGUCCGGCACUCGAGGAUCCCCAAGCUCCCGUUGGACAGCGGCCUGCUGUUUGAGUUCCUGCUCUUCCUGUAUUUGCUCGUGGCCUUGUUUGUCCAGUACAUGAACAUCUACAGGACGGUGUGGUGGUACCCGUACAGCCACCCCGCCGCCUCCACCUCGCUGAACUUUCAUCUGAUGGACUACCACCUGGCUACCUUCAUCACGGUCAUGUUGGCCAGGAGGCUCGUUUGGACCAUCGUUUCAGAGGUGUCUCAGAGCGGCGGCGGCGGGUCGCUGCUCCGCUACGUGGUUCUGAUCGCUGCUCGGCUCAGCCUGCUGACCAUGUGCGGCUGGGUUCUCUGCUGGACGCUGGUCAACCUCUGCAAGAACCACUCCGUGCUCAACCUCCUCUUCCUGGGAUACCCAUUUGGUGUGUACGUCCCGCUGUGCUGCUUCCACCAGGAGGGCGGCAAAAGCCAAACGGCGGCGACCGACUGCGAUUACCCCGCCGACCAGCAGCAGCAGCAGCAGCAGCAGACCGACCUGGCUGAGAGCCCGUUCUUUCGGCCGCGUGACUUCCUCUUCCUGCUGCGAGAGAACCUCAGGGAGCAGUUUUCCGGCACGCCGCACAUGCCGACGCACACCUGCCCGCCGCACCCCCACGCGCCGGAGUUGAUUCGAGCAGAGGUGGAGGAGCUGAAGAGCGACUUCAACCGGCGGAUAAAGGAGGUGCUGUUCAACUCGUUGUUCAGCGCCUACUACGUGGCCUUCCUGCCCCUCUGCUUCGUUAAGAGCACCCAGUACUAUGACAUGCGCUGGUCAUGUGAGCAUCUGAUCAUGGUGUGGAUCAAUGCGUUCGUCAUGCUGAUGAGUCAGCUGCUGCCCCCGAGCUACUGCGACCUGCUCCAUCGCUCGGCUGCUCAUCUGGGCCGCUGGCAGAAGCUGGAGCACGGCUCGUACAGCAACGCACCUCAGCAUGUGUGGUCAGAAAGUACCGUCUGGCCUCAGGGGGUGCUGGUACGACACAGCCGAUCUCUGUAUAAGGCCAUCGGGCCGUAUAACGUCGCUCUGCCCUCUGAUGUUUCCCACGCAAGGUUUUAUUUCCUGUUCCACAAGCCAUUGCGGAUCCUGAACCUGCUGAUCUGGAUCGAGUCCAGCGUGGUUUUGUACCAGUUGUACUCUCUGCUGCGAUCCGAGCGCUGGAACCACACUUUGUCUCUGGGCCUCAUUCUCUUCUGCAACUACUAUGUCCUUUUUAAACUGCUCCGAGACCGCAUAGUGCUGGGCAAAGCCUACUCCUACCCUCUGGCCUCCGGCAGUCUGGGGCUCAAGUCGCAGUAAAGGCUCUGCACGGCGAGACCUCUACCCCGAACUCUGGACGCGGAUGGGAGACGGACGGCGGUCUGCUGAAGGGUCGACUAGUGCUGCCGCCCGGAGGCCAAGGGACGGACCGUGAACUCGCGACCGUGUUUUGAUACGGUUCUAUUUUUAUUGCAAUGUUUAUACAUACCUAUUUAAAGAAUAUUUUUAUUUUGUAUACUGUUUUCGAGUUACGCCGGGCAUUAUCACAAUGACGACAUGGGCAAGUUGUUGCUAGGCGACAGGAAAGUCAGGGAAUGCGAGGAGGUGACUCUCACCAAAGAUAUUUUAGGUGCAGGUGGCCAAUCACAGCAAGGACGUGGCCUCUGAGAGCCAGCUUGGGUUCAGUGGAGAUGUGCAUGAGAUCCACCGCGAGGCUCCUCUAGAACCAACUGGUGGCAGGCUCCCGCAUCUUAUGCACGUUUUCAUUGGGGACUUUCAAAGCAGAAGUUAGACAUUUUGGGGAAAUAAGCUUAUUGCUAUACGAAGCCACAGCAGCGGAGGGUCAGCUUAACGUCUGCACAAAGAUUAUGAACGACGACAGCGCUGUGUUUGUCAAAUAGUAAAGCAUCUGCCUGCCAGCCACACUAAAACGCAAAACAACAAGUUGACUCUACUCGUUGAUUUUUGUUUUAUUUUAGUGGUUGCGUUGUUCUCCACCGGUCACUUUUGUUGCCGUGCUUCUGCUCAGUAACUGUUGGCUAUCCGGAGAGCAGCAGCAGGUUGUAUAAACGUACACCAGGGUCUCUGCUGAGAGAGGACUGAGCUACUAGUGGCAUCGAGCGGGCUGCAGAUGUAACAUGGUGAUAAUUAAGGUCCACUUGGUGAUGUCGGACACCACUUUGACUUGCGUCUGCCUUCAAAAGAUGAUUUAUGUUCUUAAAAGACAUCCCAUCAUUUUAUUUCUUUUGUUUUGUUUUUUUUAAGUAUUCUGAUGCUGUCAUUUUUUUUUUUUUUAUAUUUUGAUGCUUUAAUGCUUAAACCGUACUGGUAUCAUGAACGGGCCACACGACAUGAGGCCCGUCUCGUUGUGGAUUGGGUGUAGAUUACAGAACCCAUGUGCAGGGUAGCGACAGUUGUUGGUACGUAACCCAAACCUUCUCCUGCUACGAUGUCAUCGCUCCCUGUUGACAGCAGAGGAUGUUUUAAUAUUCAGCCUUUCCGUCGGUGAUGAAUACAGACUCCAGGGCUGGAGGGUAACGACUGGAUGCGUCUCUUCAUUACCAGUGUAUGUAUUCUCGGUUGCCAGGAUGGUGUUACAAAUGAGUUGCCUUGUAUGUUGUUGCCUUUCUGUUAACUCACACCUGGCUAAAGCCAUUUGAAUCCCCUUUUAUGGGCCUCCUCGCCUCUUACCGGCUCCGGCCUGCAGGGGGGGGGGUUACUUGGGGCUGUAUUGAAGAUUAGAGUAUCACAUUGCAAUCAAUAAAAGAAGGGAAAAAAACGAUAUUUCCUUUGCAGUUGUGAAUUGGCUGCUUUGAUGAUGAGGGGGAGGAAACGGUUCUUGAGAUGUCAAUGUGUGCACAUCUGGAUCGCUCUGCUCUGAAGUGUGAGGACUCUUGAUUAGACAUCAGUUUCAUAAAUAUGCCCAUUAUUUUGCUUUGUCUGCAAACUCUGCCCCUUAAAUGAGCUCUGGUACUUCUCUCUCAUUUCCACAUGAAUGUAGCAAAUUGUUUAACUGAAUGGCAUGUGUUGUUGUUGUUUUUUUUUGUUAAGUUGAUCGCUUAGGGGUCGUCACCAUCACCGGUUUUUAUUUUAUUACUCUUUGUGGAGGUACUUCUAUGUCACCUUGAAUUCACCAUUAUCUCAAUGACACCGAAAGAUGAUAUUUUGACGUUCACUUACAACCCUGCUUUAAUAUCAGGUCUCACUUGAUUGUUCAGACACAUUCGACCUGCCUUCUCUGUUGGGGUGAAACCCAAAUGAUCACAGCCGACGAACAGGACGGAGAUGUGAAAAGCUUUGAGGUUCAUAUUUUGAGCACUUUGCCGCGGUGGUCUACAUGAUCUUCCCCUCUCGCGUACGGGUGUUAAUUAAAACUCAUUCCGACGAUGUCGGUCUGUGUCGUCUUCUAAUUGGGUCACAAACUGUCUUAUUGCAUAUGUGCCAUAUCCCAGGAUGCAUCUUCAGACUUAUGGUUUGACCUGUUGAACGUGUCACUGCUGGAGAAGUCUUUGGAGCUGGUCCUCAUAUUUCAGCUUUUUACACGGUUCAGUUUGCCCCCAGCCUUUAUAAACAUACCUUUUGUCAUCCAGAAUAAAACAAAUGGAGUUUAAGCAUA